AUGCCAGCUUUCAAGUUCUCACUUUCUUUAGGAUUUGCAGUUCCAUUUGGGUUGAUAUACAGUAAGCCCAAUGGAUUCUGGUCAGGACUCCCAGUUGCUAUCAGCUUUGCCGCAGCAAGGGAGGCAACAUUUAAAGUUGCAAACGUUAAAGCACAAGGAACAGUUUUGGAGACUGCGUAUGGAGUUAUCGGGUGCUUUCUUUUUGAAAGAUUCUUGCCAAUCAGGAAAAAUUUCGGUGCGCCAAGUGAAUUCGCCAUAGCACGAAUCAUUGAAACAUCCAUUGGGAUAUCUUGUUCAAUUGCGACUGAGCUUGCUUUCCAACUUACAAGAGCUUCAACGUUGGCUAAAAUUGAGCUCCCUAAAAGUUUGGAGAUAUUGCAUGAAUGUAUUGGCUCGGUGUCUUUCGAAGUCAGCGAACCCAACCUCGUAGAGAAUCUGAAGAAGUUGAAAUUUCACGUAAAUCAACUAGGAAAAUUCAUUGGAGAAGCUGAGGUGGAGCCCAAUUUCUGGUCUUUGCCUUUUCAUAGUGCUUGCUAUAGUAAGCUUUUGGGGUCUUUGUCAAAAAUGGUGGAUCUCCUGCAUUUUGGUGUUCAUGCAAUAGGAUUCCUCGAACAAGAGUCACAAAAACUUGAAACUUAUAAUUGGAAGGAAAAUGUAAUUGAACUAGACGGUGACCUUAAACUCUUCAAGGAAUCAAUAGGCUCAUUAAUAAAAUAUCUUGAAAAGAUAUCCUCGAUCAAAUCACUUCCAUUGAUUGACAAGGAACUUGAAAAGAACAACAUUUCUUAUGAUCUUGAGAUAGGAAUAUCACCAUGCCCAAAUUUUUUUAGGGUUUCUGGUUCUGAUGAUGAAGAUGAGAUAGACAAAAUUUUGAGUUCAUUUCUUCAACAUUCGAAAGAAGUUGUCGAUGUAAUCCAAGGCAUUGAAAGUGAGAAGGAGAUUAAGAGCCAGAUGGUCUUAAGUUUGAGUGCCUUGGGUUACUGCAUGAAAAGUUUAACAAGAGAAACCAGGCAGAUCAAAGAGGGAAUAAGGGAACUUGUUCAGUGGGAGAACCCUUCAAGCCAUUAUUCCAAAAAGUUGUUAAAUGAUCCUCAAGAAAAUGGGCGGAAAGUGGUUAAAGGAUCACAGAUGAAUUUUCCAAGGCUACUCUAA